GGGGGGGCUAAUAGCAUGCCAAGCAUGAACAUUUCUGCGACAGAUCCGCACGUUGGCGAAACCAAUGCCCUAAAGUUAGUGGACUUUUUGGGGCAACCUAUUUUGUAAAUGCCUGCUGUGUAUUGAUAUAUUCUUGCGUAAAGGGAGAAUCAAAAGUUGAGAAAGGUUGAGAAAUGGAUACCGCUGAUUCGCUCUCGCCGUUUGCGCCCAAGCGCGGACAACGAUCGCCGAGAAUCAGCUGAGGUUUUCCCCGUUUGUUGUUCGCCGCACGCUUGCUUGCGCUUGUGCGGAAAAGUUGCCUGCUGCAUCUAAUGUAUGUAACUAUGUGCCUGGGGUAUGUAUGUAGUGACGAUAGUGUAUGUAUGAGGCAGAUCGCGGCUACAUGGUGUGGUGAAACGGUCUUACACAGGGAACCUGUCAAGAAAGCCGGGGGAGUAUUACAAACAGGCCCUUCCACAGGAACAUCUGGACGUUUCGUACCUGCUUAGAGAAGACGUGUGCGGUGCUGAUUAAGGAAAGGUUGAGGAGGGUAGUCUACCCAAAGUAAGCAGGCGAUCCCGACUUUUGCGAGGACCCUUGCGUUGCGUUGCUUGCUUGCUGCAAGAUGCAUUCCUCGCACCUUGCCUACCUACCUACCUACUUACAUGCAUGGGGGACAUCUGGAUUCUGGUGUGUGUGCUGCUUGCUCGGUGCACAAAGAGGGUUGGCUGUAACGUGGAGUGACACUCGGGAUAACCGAGGAGAAGAAAGGCUACGGCGGGGAGAUCGCGAUUCGUUACCACCUCAUGUGUGUUUUAUAGUAUUCAAUGUUUCCUAUUGACCGGCCGGACUGGUUGGCCCAGGUGUUCUUUCAAAAAAAAAAUUUUCCUAAAAUAAAAAAGAAGGAAAAAGGAACAGGUCUCUCGG